CUGGAUAUUCGGUAUCGAUUCAGAGUAAACCAGAUAUAUAAAUUCCAAAUCUGAUUGUUUCAAUAAAUUGAAAGAAUUCAAAUCUAUCCAAUAUUUGGUUGCAUUGUGAUCACCCAAUUAGGUGGAGGGAGUACAAAGUUCAUGCAAAAUAAAGGCAAACUUAGCCAUGCAAAUCCCAAAUAUGUUAGUAGUCUUUUCCCUCUUAAUUCCACUAAUAUUACCAUUCAAUACUCAAGCAUUCAAUCAAAGCAAUAAAUUCAAUUUUCAAAUAUCCACCACCGACCCGUUCGAAUUUCUCGGUUUUGUUCUGAACCCGGAUGGAUCAUUAACCCGAAACCGAAAUCCGACAGUACCACCCAACACAACUUCAUCUCUUGCUUUCUCCAAAGAUAUCCCUCUCAAUCCAAAAAAGAAAACUUGGAUCCGGGUCUACUUACCCAACAACACCAAACCCAGAUCCGGUAAACCCCCAAUUAUUAUCUUUUCCCAUGGUGGUGGGUUCAUUGUAGGAAGCGCAGCCGCACCCGACGUCGAUUCAUUUCUCUCCAUUACAGCGAGUCAACUCAGCAUGCUAAUCGUCUCCGUCGAGUACCGACUCGCUCCCGAGCACCGCCUUCCAGCCGCCUAUAACCACGUUGUAGAGGCGUUGUAUUGGGUUAAGGAAAAGAAAGACAAUUGGGUGAAAAAAUUUGGGGAUUUUACAAAUUGUAUCAUAACGGGUGAAAGUGCGGGAGGAAAUAUUGCGUACACUAUAGGGGUAAAAGCAUCUCAUUUUGCAAAAAAAAAUUAGUGCCUUUGGAAAUUAAAGGUAUGGUUUUAAUCCAACCAUUUUUUGAUUAAUCGAACUGAAUCCGAGUUGACUGCACGUGGUGCAUUACUUUAGAAGUGACGGAUUUAAUGUGGAAUUUUUUUCUAUCCCAUGGGGCUAAUUGAAAUCAUCUAUAGUAAUCCUAGUAUUGACGGAUUUAGUAAGUGGGACCAAAUUAAAAAGUUGAGUUGGAAGGUUGCAUUCUUAGCAUGUGAUGGAGAUGGACUUUUUGACAAGCAAGUGGAAGUGUUCACAUUAAUGAAUAAAUAUGGGGUGAAUGUGUAGGAAAAUUUAGAUGGUAAAAUAGUGAAUGAAUUUAUUUGGAGAGGAAGAUGAGUGAAUAUGUAGAAUGAAUAUUGUUCUUCAUUGCACAAAAAAUUGAUUACAUCAAUGGGUAUUUAUAGUGCAAGUUUACUAAAAUAUCUUAGAUAUUUUUAUUUUUUUAAUUACUUUUCUAGGAUCUUCCAUUAU